CAUUUCCUCCUCGUCUCGUCCCUCCCUCUUUUUAAAACCCGCAUCGCCCUCUCUGCUCACCACCACGCUUCCGUUUCUCCACGGGGAAAAGACCCGCAAUAGCCAAGAACACCCGGUUUGAUUUUCCUCUGAUAUGGCUGUCGAUGCUAGCUCUGGCCAUCUCAAUCUCUUCGCUCUCCAUCACUUCUUGGGUAGCCGAGAUCUCAUGAACCCGAUGGACGCCUUCCCCGACGCGUACCACGCCGCCGCCCAUUUGGGUUGCGGGCUCCCGCUGUCGGGAACCACCACGGCCACCGACUCUCUGCCGCUCCUGCAACCGCACGGGUCCCUGAUCAGCGAUUCCCUCCCUCCGAAGACCGUGAUGAAGCCAUCCGACAGUGGCCUCACUUACAACGUACCCUCGAUAUCGAGGAAGCGAGGCAGGGACUCCAUCAAUCCCGUCCUCUCCUACGGGACGUCCUCUCCGGACAACAAGACUCGCGCUUGCUUCUCUUUUCUCGGGGAAGACGUGUCCCUCCAGAUGCAACAGCAGCAAUUGGACAUCGAUCGCCUCAUUUCUCACCAUAUGGAGAAGGUGAGGAUGGAGAUAGACGAGAGGAGGAAGAGGCAGGCCAGGAGGAUAGUGGGGAGGAUAGAGGGGGAGGUUGCGAAGAGGCUGAGGGCCAAGGAGGAGGAGAUCCAGAAGAUUGGGAAGCUCAACUGGGCGCUGGAGGAGCGGGUGAAGUCGCUGUGCGUGGAGAACCAGAUAUGGCGGGACCUCGCCCAGGCCAACGAGGCCACCGCCAACGCCCUCCGCACCAACCUCGAGCAGGUCCUGGCGCAGGUCAGCAAGGACGACCGACCCCGCGGGGGAGCAGCCCCGGAGGACGAGGCGGACGACGCCGCGUCCUGCUGCGGGAGCAACUACGAAGGCGGAGGCGGAGGCGGAGGGAAGGAGGAGGAGGAGGAGGAGGAGGAGAGCGGGAGGCGGGCGGUAGGAGGGGAGGCGCAGGACGAUAAGAGGAGGAGCAGGAGAGGGAGGGGGAUGACGACGUGGUGCCGCAAGUGCGGGAAGGAGGAGGCGAGCGUGCUGCUGCUGCCGUGCAGGCACCUGUGCUUGUGCGCGGUGUGCGGGUCUUCCCUCCAUACUUGUCCCCUCUGUAACUCUCCCAAAUCCGGCAGUGUCCAUGUUAAUCUGUCCUAGAUCGGGUUUUUCUCUUUUUGAGAGAAAAAAAAAAAAACCAGGAACACAAAAAAACGAAAAAAAGAACAGGAGAAAAUAUUUCCAAGCCUAGAUAGAAAUCUCUCUGAUCAUAAUCUUUUCUCUUUUUUGAUUUUUGUUUUUCUGGUCUCAUGAUUUGAUUAAUUCUUUUGCCGUGAUA